UUGAAACACUUGCCACUUCAAAAACAGUGUCUUUGAUCAAGAUAUUGCGAGUGUCUUAAUUUCUUUCACCAUGGGUGGUUUUUUUUCGCAUUGGCUUAAUGAAGCAAAUGUUGCUUCAGGAAAUACGUCUGAUGGACAAGAGUUUAAUCGAGUGGCGAUAUCCAACAGUGGAAACAUAAUAAAUAUGGUGGACCGCCCAAAGUGUCAAAGCUCUCGCUUAUUUGAAGAAAAUAUGCGUAAAAAUGGAGAGGUUCCGCCGACCGAACAACAAGUUCAACGUACCCAAGCUCCAUCUAUUGAGCAUCAGGAGCCAACAGAUAAACCCAUGGAGCAGGCCUCGACGCAGCCCCAAUGUUUAAAAGGUGUGAGAUGCUUUAGUUGUGGGCAGCUUGGGCACAAAAAGUGGAGAUGCCCACAAAAUAACAAAAGAAAGCCACGGGGAAGAAGAGGGGGGCGAAAAAAAGUCUUUGAUAUAAAUGUACUUGUAUCAAUUCAAAAUGAAUAAAAACUAACAAUGCUGUUGUCAUUAAAA